AUGGCGUGCAGCCAGCAGAGCUCCAAGUGCACGGGCUGCAACCUGCAGACUCUCACUAUUAAAGAGCCCUGGGCUGCAGGGCCUCCUGAGGACGCUGCCUGGGCAACAGCAGCCGCAGCCCGACCUCGGAGUCCUGCACACAGAGACCGGAAGAGAGGAGCAACUAUGAGCCUGGAUGGGGACGCUGAGUGUCCGGUGGACGGAGAGGUAAAUCAACAUGAGCUGGUCGCAAAUAAAAAAAGCGCUGUUCUGGUGGAUGGGAUCGUACUGAAUGGACCCACAACAGAUGCAAAAGCAGGAGAAAAGUUUGUGGAAGAAGCCUGUAAGCUAAUAAUGGAAGAAGUGAUUUUUAAGGCUACAGAUGUCAAUCAAAAGGUCUGUGAAUGGCAGCCUCCCGAACAGCUGAAACAACUUCUUGAUUUGGAGAUGAGAGACACAGGAGAGCCACACCACAGGCUGCUCGAGCUUUGCCAGGAUGUCAUACGCUACAGUGUGAAAACGAAUCACCCAAGAUUUUUCAACCAGCUGUAUGCUGGACUUGAUUACUACUCCUUGGUCGCUCGGUUUUUGACGGAAGCAUUAAACCCAAGUGUUUAUACGUAUGAGGUGUCCCCAGUGUUUCUGUUAGUGGAAGAAGCAGUGCUGAAGAAAAUGAUUGAAUGUAUUGGCUGGAAAGAAGGGGAUGGAAUAUUUAACCCAGGUGGUUCAGUGUCCAAUAUGUAUGCUAUGAAUCUAGCUAGAUACAAAUAUUGUCCUGAUAUUAAGGAAAAAGGGCUGUGUGGGUUGCCAAGAUUAGUCCUUUUCACAUCUGCAGAGUGCCAUUACUCCAUGAAGAAAGCAGCUUCCUUUCUUGGGAUUGGUACUGAGAACGUUUGCUUUGUGGAAACAGAUGGAAGAGGCAAAAUGAUACCUGCGGAACUGGAGAGGCAAGUCUGGCAAGCCAGAAAAGAGGGGGCGGUACCAUUUCUUGUUUGUGCCACGUCUGGUACAACUGUGCUGGGAGCCUUCGAUCCUCUGGACGAAAUAGCCGACAUCUGUGAGAGGCAAGGCUUAUGGCUUCAUGUGGACGCUUCCUGGGGUGGCUCGGCUUUGAUGUCCAGGAAGCACCGCCGGCUGCUGCAUGGUAUCCACAGGGCUGACUCUGUGGCCUGGAACCCACACAAGAUGCUGAUGGCUGGAAUCCAGUGUUGUGCUCUCCUUGUGAAGGACAAUUCGGAUCUUCUUAAAAAAUGCUACUCUGCCAAAGCAUCUUACCUCUUCCAGCAGGAUAAAUUCUAUGACGUCAGCUAUGACACAGGAGACAAGUCUAUCCAAUGUAGCAGAAGACCAGAUGCGUUCAAGUUCUGGAUGACCUGGAAGGCCUUGGGCACAUUAGGCCUUGAAGAAAGAGUCAAUCGUGCUCUCGCUUUAUCAAGGUACCUAGUGGACAAGAUCAAGAAGAGGGAUGGAUUCAAGCUGCUGAUGGAACCUGAAUAUGCCAAUGUUUGCUUUUGGUACAUCCCACCAAGCCUCAGGACCAUGGAAGAAGGACCCGAAUACUGGGAAAAACUUAAUUUGGUUGCCCCAGCCAUUAAGGAGAGGAUGAUGAAGAAAGGCAGCCUCAUGCUUGGCUACCAGCCCCACCGUGGAAAGGUCAACUUCUUCCGUCAGGUGGUGAUCAGCCCGCAAGUGAGCCGUGAGGACAUGGAUUUCCUUCUGGAUGAGAUCGAUCUGCUGGGCAGAGAGAUGUAGCUGUGGCUUUUCACCCC